AUGCAGACCGCCCAGCUGGCAGAAUGGGACGGGGCCUCGCCGCCCGUGUUGACACCCGUGGCCAUCUCAACCUCGCUGAUCGACCUUUCCGACUCUGAUUCUGACAAAGGCUUUACUACUCCUCCCAGUCACUUCACUCACACUAUCAAGAUGGCUGACCGAUUCCCCUCUCUGGAGGACUUCUCUGAGGGCCAGACCGAAGUGGCCGAUACUCAGCGCACCUCCGGAGAUGACUUCCUUGCUCGUGAGCGUGCUGCUCUUGGUGAAGAUGCCGACCAAUUCGCUACCGCUCAAGACCACGUUGGCGAUGAGAACAUCAACGCGGGGAACGACCUACUAGGCGGAGAUGACGAUGAGCCCGUGGAGGAGAUUGGCCAAUUUGAGUCGUCUUUCCCAUCAAUGGAGACCCAGACACAGAAUGAGCGCGUUGCCCCCGGUGGUACCAUUACUGGAUCCGGCUCUCCUUUCCCCGCUACCGGCUACCAGAGCACUCAAAAUGAUGAGGAUGAGGGUCAAUUCGUUCGCGAAUGGCGUGAGAAGCGUGACGCCGAGAUUUCCCGUCGUGAGGAGAUUGCCGCCGAGAAGAAGGCCGAGAGAAUCGCAAAGGCCAAGGAGGACAUCGAUGCUUUCUACCUUUCCUACAACAACAAGGCCGACAAGGGCCGUGCCCAGACCCGCUCCGAAGCCGAACAAUUUGUUGCCAGCCGAGAGGAUACUUCCGCUGGAGGCACAAGCUGGGAGCGCAUUGCUAAACUGGUUGAUGUUUCGGGCAAGGGCUCCGCAGGCGGUGCCAGCGGCUCCGGAAAGGAGCGCUUCCGCGAGUUGUUGACCGAGCUCAAGAAGGACCAGGAAGCACCCGGAGCUAGUGGAAUCUAG